AUGGUCAAGCACGCAAGCAAAUUCCCUUCCUGGGACAAAUUGUUUGCGCUCUCGUCGACGGAACUUCGUGAUUUGGGCAUUGAGCCAGCGCGCCAGAGGCGAUACCUAUUGCGCAAGAGAGAAAAAUUCAGGCAGGGCAUUCACGGGCCCGGUGGGGAUUUGGACCACGUUGUGGAUGGAGUUGCGCAGCUGAGGGUGGUUGAAGUCCCCUUGGAUCCCAAUGCUCUUGCCAAAGACGCUUCGUCCGCAAAGCUCUCGGCUUCUUCGGCUACCUUGUCCCCCGGCAUGAGAAAAGCCAUCGUUAAUCUUCCUCCGGAUGCUACCGAAUACACCCACGACUCGUCGAAUCCGCUCAAGAAGUUUGCGUACAUGAAGAUUCACCGCGGCUCUAUGGUUCGUGGGCCGUUCUUACAACCGAUCAAGGGCGCAAAUGGACAAGCAUGUAUCAUCCGAGCCGAGGAGGGUAUGUGGGAAGACAAACUGGGACAGAAGGUGGACGGUGGAGAGAGGAGACGUGCUGAAGUCAGGGCUAAGCAGAGAAGCGAGGAAAGGAGGAAAGCAAAAGCCUGA